UCAGUGUAGAUGUGGUAUCAGACCCAGGGCUGGCGUUCACAUGAUGCGCAUGCGCAGUGGCGAGGGAAGGGGGCGUUGGCCUGGAGACGCGACGCCGGCAGCGGGAGGCGCGUUGCAGGCACCAGAUCCACGGUUAUGCUGGGCGUAAAACCCUCUGUGUUCCUGCUGAUGGUCAACGGACAGAUCGAGAGUGCAGAUUUUCCUGAAUUUGAUGAACUGUAUUGCAAAUAUUCUUAUGUCUAUGGACAUGACUGGGCUCCAACAACUGGUCUAGAGGAAGGGAUAUCCCAGAUCACAUCUAAAAGUAAGGAUUGCAAUCAAGGCUUUGUGUGGAAUUUCCCCAUGGAGAUCACAUUCAAGAGCACCAACCCAUAUGGUUGGCCUCAGAUAGUAAUUAGUGUUUAUGGAGCUGAUCUGUUUGGGAAUGAUGUGGUCCGUGGCUACGGAGCUGUUCAUGUUCCCAUGACUCCUGGAAGGCACAAGAGAACCAUUCCAAUGUUUGUCCCAGAGUCUUCGUCCAAACUGCAAAAAUUUACAAGUUGGCUCAUGGGAAGACGCCCAGAAUUCACAGAUCCUAAAGUGGUUGCACAAGGCGAAGGAAGAGAAGUUACACGGGUUCUGUCGCAAGGAUUUGUUACCGUCUCUUUCAACAUUGUCACCAAGGAUUUGAAGAAGCUGGGAUAUGACACCAUCCCUCCUAACAAUCAGACUUCUGCCAUGUCCGAUGGUUAAAUGGAAUUGCAGCAUGAUGAACCAAAAGCAGAAUUUCUAAUUAGGCAUUUAGAGACAAAGAAAGAGUUAAUGUUUUGGGUCAGUGCCAUCUCAUCUGAACUUGGAAUAGUUAGAUUAAAAACAUACUUGGCUCUAUCUAUUCCCCAUUUGAUUCACGGAAAUCAUCCUGGGAUGUUAACAUUGUGUCAUCCUCCACAGAUGAUGCCUGAUCUGCUGAGUAUUCUUGGCUGAUGAAUUUCUAUUUGAUAGUCUGGUGACUAUUUAAAUUUUGUUUCUCCCAAAAUGCUAUUUAGUUCCCGACUAAAUAUGACUCUUGGCCGCAGAUUGAUUGGAAUAUAUUUCACAACACUAUAGUUUCUAAAAGAUCACUGUAUCAUGAAAUAACACAAAGAUACGUUGACGUGUUCUUAAAUUAUUUGUGACUUGUACUGGCAUAAAUCCACACUCGCACCCUAAAAUUAAAUAAUUUCUGUGCUGUAAAUAAACUUUAUAAAUGGAAUUGUCACUUUGAAUACAAGAACAUACACUAAAAUAUCUUCCAGGCAAUUUGUACGUAUCUAAAUGUUAAUUUGAAAAAUUUAAAAGAAACAAGAUUUAAAAAGUGGUGUAAUCUUUUUUUAAUGGUAUGCCUCUAUUUUUAUUCAAAAUUUCUCCAUGCAUUAAUUUUGUCCCGGUAAUACCAUUAUUACCCAUGAGUUAAUCGUACACAGGAAGCAAAAAAUUGGCCUGCCUCAUUGUAAAUAUUUUAAUAUGGGCAAAGAUUUCAAAUGGAGUAUUAAAUCAGAUUGACAAAACAAAGAUGAAUUUACUGUAUUCUUGAUGUUCUUUGCUACAACAGUGCCUGAAAUAAGUUACUGUUAAAGCUCACCAAUAACUACAGUUAUGUUAGUGUGCAUUUUAAUAAGCCUAUCUUCAACACAAAGCUUUUUAUAUGAACUAUUUAUCACAACAAUGAAAAUGUGACUUGUUGUAUCCAUGUUUGUCAUUAAAUGUCCAUGAAACGAUUAUUUAAUGGACCAAUAAAAAUAAUUAUUUAAGAAUA